UCGGUCGAAAAACUCGAGCUCUUAUCAUUCUAUUGGGUAGUCACCACAAAAACGUUUUUAUUGAUGAUUUAUUUUCAAAUAACUCAACACUGCGCAGUUCAUACCGUUCAGAAAAACAUGAAAUAUACAAUUCUUUUAUUUUUGCCCAUGCUAUUGGUUUUUCUAAAACUAACUGAAGCUAAAAAUAACUUUAAUUAUAUGAAUGACGAAGAAAUGCUGCAUUUAGGAGAAACCUUUAAAAAUAUUGAUAGAUUAGAGCAACGAAAUAUAUCUCAGCACAGACAGGGCGCUGCCUUUGCCAUAGAUUCAAAUGGCUACUUUAAAACAACCAUUUCAGGCGUGACGGAUUUGAUAGAUAUCUACAAUAAUAUACGUAGGAUGACACUUCAUUACAACCUUAUGAGGAGGUUCGAGACUAAUAGGUUUGAAGAUACAACACAAAUAGAUAUGGCUCAGACCCAGGUUACAACCGAAGAAGACCAGAAUCUCGAUGUGAUGGAAAAGAUACACCGGAAACUCUUUGGAAGCGAUGACCUAAUCGGUCUCUUGGCCAGGGGAAACCAGCUGCAAAUCUUUACUUGCAAAACACCGCAGUCUCCUCAGCAAUUCCUUUACACGCUAUAUGUGGAAUAUGUUAUACUAGAACUGAAAGCCCACGCCAUGGUAGAGUGGUCCUGGAUGUUUCUCAGGAAGUUCGGAAAGGGAGGAUCCCUCGAGGAGGAGAAAGCGAGUCGGGAAGCUUACAAGCGGAGGACACCUGGCACUUUGCCGAAGAUCAAGGCUUUGAUGAGCCAAGCAGAUCGCUCCGUGUGGCGCUGCGAUCCUAGGGAGCACAAGUCCAGGGUCACCUACGAGGAGAUCACCCGCCUAAUGCAGGGUUACGUGGAGAAUGAGGUGGACCUGAACACCGAUGGAACCUGCAGUCCUGACUGUGGCUUCUACAAAUCCUCUAAAAAUGAGGGGUGUUUCGAUAAGAAGUUCUGUUCUGAGCAGCCUAAGUGCGCCGGCGGAGUGUACGACUGUCGCUUUGUGGAAUCAGAAAUGCAGAUUUGUCAGGCGGAGCAGAGCUCCAACAGGCGGUACCAGUUUAUCCAGUAUGAAAGUGGAGUUGUUCAUGGACAAAAAGGAUCCUGUCACACGUGGUUAAACCAUGCCAAAAGCUGGAAUCGGUGGAUUUUCCAGGAGUGCAGCUACUGUGCUUGCCUCUGCGAUGAUCGAAUCCCCCAAUCGGAUCGGUACUUCAACCUGCGACCUGUGAUCGCCGAUGUGGAGAACAACAGAGUCGUGACGGGCCUUCGAUUUGUUAAGAAAAAUCGCAUUUUUCACCUGCAGAUUCAGGAGGGCGAGCUCCUGCCAUAUGGGGUCAUCAAUGAGUCAACUGUUCAGUGGAGUCCCGUGGAUACAUACUCCAUAUCCGAUGAGUAUGUCAAGAUAAACGUUGACUACCACAUGUUGACCUAUGAGAAUCGAUCCAUAAAUCUUGGCAAAGUGGAGGCGGACAACAAGUGGGUACUGGUGGUUACCGGGCUGCGGUUCCAAGUGGUCGGAGGCCAUCUUCAGCUGGAAGCCCAGUUCAGUAAAAUCGAUUUUGAAAACGGAAAGCUCAUCGAACCGACAACAUCGAGCAUUUGGAUAUCUGAGGGCAACGAUAAACCAAGGGAGAAGCUAUCCUUAAAGGACGUCCGAGUGCCCACGCAAUCCCCUGUCCCUUCGAUACCUUACCCAAGCGACAACCAGUAUAUCGAAUUUGCCAGCACUGGCUUUGAGCAUGAUGCUGCCCAGACCACCGUGCCCUUCAUCGACAUCCAGGAGGUGGUUUCUGAGCCGGCGGUGCCACUCUCCGGAAUUGGAGUUCACUACAAAGGCCGCGAUGGCUAUGGUGGGUUUCUGGCCCCCAAGAUUAUCACCUAUGACUUUACACCAUACGUCUAUGUGCCCACAUGGGGGUCACUAAACUCCAAAAAGCCGGAAUAA